AUGGCUGCAGAUGAUGCUGCUGCAGAAGUCUCACCGGGCGCGACUUUUGGACCCCCGGGUGAUGAGUACGAAAUUGGGAAACAGCUGGGCAAUGGAGCUGCUUCCCGGGUCUUUGCGUGCAGGCGGCUCAAUACCAACGAGCAGCUGGCAGUGAAAGCCGUCGACCUGCGACGCUUAUGCCUCUUGGGCGACCUCCAGGAUCAGAUGACCCGCUUAGACAGCGAGGUCGGUAUCCUCCACGAACUGAGACAUGAGAGGAUAGUCAAUCUGCAAGGGUUCUACAAGACAGACAACUGGUAUUUCCUCGUGAUGGAGUUAGUUGGUGGAGGAGAGCUCUUCGACCUGAUCGUGCGCAACAAGUCGCUCAGCGAGUCGGAGGCUAGACACAUUUUCCUCCAGCUCCUUGAGGGCGUCGGCUACAUGCACGCUCGAGGUGUUCUACACCGGGACCUGAAGCCCGAGAACAUCCUUGUGGCGGGAUCCAGGCCGGCUGAGCCACCGGAAUCGGGGCACAACUACGACGUGAAGAUCGCCGACUUCGGUCUCUCCAAGGCAAUCGGGGGCGGCGCCUCUCUAGCGAGGACACGUGUCGGAACCCCGCAGUACUGGGCACCAGAGGUGUUGGAUGUGCAGAAGCGGGGUGGCUCCUACGACCAAGCAGCAGAUUUCUGGGGAUUGGGUGCGGUCCUCUUUGUGAUGCUUUGCGGCAGGUACCCUUUUGACGGCCAGAAGCAAGCGCUGGAUGACCAAAUCAGAACCGCCUCGUACAGCAUGACAGGCUCGCGAUGGAGAAACAUCUCCGAAGCUGCCAAGAGCCUUGUACGCGGGCUGCUGCGUGUGAACCCGGUGGACAGGCUUUCCUUGGAUGAUUGCCUCAGCCAUCCGUGGGUCACUGGUGAGCCGAUGCCGCUGCCCAAGCGGCUGCCGCUGAAACCGGCAGCUGCUUGGCUAUGUCUGCUCAAUGUGGGCCCCCCUAGGGAGUCUCUGAAAACUAGGGUCCUUCUGCAGAAGUCCUUGUAG